AUAAUGCAUUAAAAUUGUAACAGAUCUAAAACAGCGAACUUCUUGAUCAAAUAUAACCCAAGAAAAAACACGCACAAAAAAGGGAAAAAAAAAAAAUUACAAUCAUUUUUUUUCGAUUGAAUCGAGCAACGUUUUUCUUCGAAAUUCUAGGGGCGAUUCUUGUUCUGGAAAUGAAGACAACGUUUUGUUCGUUUGUGGGAAAUGGGUAUCGGUCUAUGGCUGUAAUUGGACAAACCCAUUGUUCAUUUAUCGUAUCUAACACAUUUAGCAUUGUUGAUUCUGUUAAGGGAAAGGGAGUUUCGGGUUAACUAUUCUCAGUUGAGCUUGGAUUUUACUCAAAUCGGUAUUUGUUGAAGAUUUUAUGAGAAUGAUGAGUUAUUUGUCACAUAAAUUGUGCAAAUUCAGUGGUUUUAAGUGUUGAAAUAGAUUUGUAUAAUGGGGAGGUUUCUCAGUGGAUUUGCUUUGCCUAUGCUUCUUUUGACAGCUGCUUUACUCAAUUGGAGUUUGAUGUCUCUGGUUGAUUUGUUAGCUUUUCUCUCGAUCCAGUAUGCUGCACCAAAAAAUGGUUUUCAAUCUCAAAGGCUAUCUCAGUUAUCAUGGUGCACGCUUAUCUUUUCUUCAUUGGCGGUUCUGUCACAUGCCAUAUUUCACAUCAUAUGGGCUGUCAAAGGGGACCAGUGGAGUGUUUCUGAUGCUCAAUGGGCCAAGUUAGUCGGUUUCCUAAGCAUUCACACUUGGAGUUUGCAAUAUGAAAUAUGUUUUAUGGUCAUCCAAAUAUCUGCAGCUUUUGUUGCUGUAAUUGGAAUCUCUGGUAGCAGAUCUUGUCUGGAUCUAUGGAAAGAUACGUGGUGGGGACAUCUGUAUUCUUUUGUUAUACAUAUAGGCUCGCGUCUCAGGGUUUUAUGCUGCUUAUUAUUGCCCUUUGUACAGCUGGUUGUGGGCAUUAGUCAUCCAUCUUGGGCAUCCUUACCAUUUUUCAUUUGCAGUUGUAUUGGACUCAUUAAGUGGUCUAUAACAAGCAAUUUCUUGGGCCUUCUCCAGUGGUGGAGGUAUCUUUUGUUGUAUUCGGGGUUGAAUAUUGUCCUGUUGUAUGCAUAUCAGCUUCCAAUUGAGUUUUCUGGGAUGAUUCAAUGUGUUGCUGGUUUCAUUGGUCUGUAUAAAAUAUCUGCAAAAUCAGAGUGGUCAGAAAUAUGUUCCUGUCUCUCACUUCUACUUUUCUACAUUAUGCUAUCUUGCAUUAGGAAUGAGCUUAUUGAGAUGGAUUUUAUCAUGUCCCCAAGAGAAAGCAGCUUGUCUGAGCGUCUGCUUCUCCGAGAGCAUUCAUUUUUUAUCUAUGAAUCAAGGUACAGUGUAAGGCACACCAAUGAUAUGUUGAGAGGCGAAGUUUUUCAGACUUUCAGUGUGAACUUUUUCACUUAUGGUUUCCCAAUUUUCUUGCUUUCUCUGUCAUUUUGGAGUUUCCAAUUUGCAAGUCUCUGUGCAUUUGGACUGCUUGCUCAUGUUGGCUACAUUAUUUCUGCCUUCCCUUCAUUGUUCCGCUUGCAUCAAUUAAAUGGUUUGCUUCUUAUCUUCAUUCUCUUAUGGGCUGCUACCACCUAUGUCUUCAAUGUGGCAUUUAUGUUCCUAAUUAAGAAAAUGUGGAAGGACACUGAAAUAUGGGAAACUCUGGGCUUAUGGCAUUACCCUAUUCCAGGACUCUAUCUACUUGCACAAUUUUGUCUUGGUGUCCUUGUAGCCUUGGGCAAUCUUGUCAACAACUCUGUUUUCUUGUACUUGUCUGAUGGGGAACGAGAAUCUUCAAGUGACCAUUUCAUAGUAGAAGAGAAUGAAGAAACCAAAGUAUUGAUUGUAGCUACAAUAGCAUGGGGACUGCGUAAAAGCUCUCGGGCUAUAACAUUGUUGCUGAUUUUUUUUAUUGCACUAAAACCUGGAAUCAUCCAUGCUGUAUAUAUGGCUUUCUUUCUAAUAUAUCUGUUAAGCCACAACAUCAGUUGGAAGAUACGCCAAUCAUUGAUAGUUCUAUGUGAGGCACAUUUUGCACUGUUGUACAUUCUUCAGCUUGAUCUAAUAUCUAAAGCCUUGGAACAGAAACACUCAUUUGCUAGAGAUAUCCUGUCACAAUUAGGUUUUCUUAGUGCUAGUUCGGGGGAUUUCUUAAAGAUAGCAACACUUGCAUGCUCCUGUGCGAUUCAUAAUCAUGGGUUUGAAAUGCUGUCCUCAUUUUCAGCAAUUUUGCAACAUUCUCCCUGCCCUCCAUUUGGUUUUAGCAUCUUGAGAGCCGGUUUGAUAAAAUCAGUUCUAUUAUCAGUUUUUACAUCAACAUCCAAACAGAGCCUUGACAAUAACACUUCUCAUGACAAAAGGAUAGUGUCAUAUCUGGAGGCUAUAGGGCUGAAGUUUCGUUCAGUGUAUCGAUCAUGUGGAACCUACAUUGCCUUUCUGACAAUUCUUUUCACCGUGUACCUGGUAAAACCUAAUUUUAUUUCAUUUGGCUACCUAUUCUUCCUUCUAUUAUGGAUGACCGGAAGACAGCUUAUCGGAAAGACCAAAAGACGCCUUUGGUUACCACUGAAAGUUUACGCAGUUUUAGUGUUUAUUCUCAUCUAUGGCUUCAGUGUCUUCUUCAGUUCUCAGAUAUGGUUGUUGAGGAUGGUUGAUGUGUCUUCUGUAUUUGGAUAUAACCCAGAAGCUUCCAUGUUGGAAAAUAUUUGGCAAUCCCUUGCUGUAUUAAUUGUGAUGCAAUUAUACAGCUAUGAGAGGAGACAGAGUAAAUUUCCUCAACCAAUUGAUGGUGAUGCACCAGAAAAAUGUUCCCUGUCCUUUGUGAAACGUCUUUUAAUUUUGCACAUUGAGAAGAUACUAGAUCUUGCCUUGUUUUAUGCAUCUCUCUGCCCUAUUGGUGCAUUUGGUUUUCUAUAUCUUUUUGGUUUGGCUGUUUGUUCAACAUUACCUAAGUCUUCUUGGAUCCCUUCAAAACUGUUUCUAGUUUAUUCAGGAUUUCUUGUAAUGUUCGAGUACCUUUUCCAAUUAUGGGGUGACUGUGCUGAAAUGUUACCUGGGCAAAACAACUAUUCUCUGUCACUUUUCUUGGGAUUGCAAUUCUAUAAGCCAGGUUUCUCUGGUCUAGAAUCAGGCUUGAGGGGAAAAAUUUUGGUUAUAGUUUCGUGUAUACUUCAGUACAAUGUCUUCAAUUGGUUGGAGAGAAUGCCAUGCAAUUUUGGAAAUGGAGGAAGAUGGGAAGAGCCUUGUACUUUGUUUGGCUUAGCAGAAGAAGCUCCAAGUGAAGCAACAAACCUAAAAAGCAAAACUAAACACCCUUUAGGUUCUGGCCACUUGAUAGAAAAAGAGACAGAAGAGAUAAAUCAUACAUGGCCAUCUUUUAGCAGUUUCAUAAUUCGAGGGCUGGAUGCGACAAGAGGCUUUGAAGACAGUAACCCUGAAAAUUAUUCAAAUGCUUGUGGAAGUUCCAAAGAGAACCAUAAGUGGAAUCGAAGGCGGAGCCAUAUCCUGAGAAAAGAAAGACUUCACCUGCAGAUGACUACUUUAAAAGCAUGUGUGAAAUUUUGGAUAGAGAAUAUAUUCAAUUUCUUUGGACUGGAGAUUAACAUGGUUGCAUUACUUCUUGCUAGCUUUGCUGUGCUUAAUUCCAUCUCCUUGCUGUAUGUCGCAUCACUUGCUGCUUGCAUCCUUUUGCCUCAGCAUAUCAUGCGAAAACUGUGGCCCAUAUUUGUCUUCUUGUUUGGUUCUGUUAUCAUCCUUGAAUACUUGGCCAUUUGGUUGAAUCAGUUAUCUUGGAAGCAACAUGAUGCAGGUGACACAUUAGUACCUUGUAAUGACUGUUGGAGAAGCUCUGAUAUUUACUAUGACCAUUGCAAAAAAUGCUGGCUAGGAAUUGUGGUUGAUGAUCCGCGAAUGCUCAUCAGCUACUAUGCAGUCUUCAUGCUUUCAUGCUUCAAAUACCGUGCUGACCGCUUGUCCAGUCUCUCAGCAUCAGAGACGUAUCAACAAAUGAUGUCUCAAUAUAAGAAUGCAUCACUGAAUGAUCUCUUAUUUGAAAGAAAAUUUCUGUGGACAUUUCUGGACUACCUGAAGCUUUAUAGUUAUUGCCACUUACUGGAUCUUGUUCUGACUUUGAUUUUAAUUACGGGAACUCUUGAAUUUGACAUUCUACACCUUGGAUACCUUGGUUUUGCUCUGGUUUUCUUUCGGAUGAGGCUUGAAAUUUUAAAAAAGAAUGAAAUUUUCAAGUUCUUACGGAUUUACAACUUUGCUGUAAUAGUCCUUUCUCUUGCUUAUCAAUCCCCUUUUGUUGGGGGUUCUUGCAAGGCAAAAUGCGAAAUGAUAGAUUACAUAAGUGAAAUAGUUGGAUUUUACAAAUAUGAUUAUGGAUUUCGAAUUACAUCAAGAUCAGCACUCGUGGAGAUUAUCAUAUUUAUGCUUAUAUCCUUACAAUCAUACAUGUUUUCAGCACAGGAGUUUGAUUAUGUAUCUGAAUAUCUUGAAGCAGAGCAGAUUGGUUCUAUAGUGCAGGAACAGGAGAAGAAGGCAGCUUGGAAGACUUCACAAUUGCAACAGAUACAAAAAUCUGAAGAGGAGAAGCAGUUGCGUAAUUUUCAAGUGGAAAAGUUGAAAUCAGAUUUGCUUAAUCUCCAAAUCCAGCUUCAGAACAUCAGCUUUACUGCAAAUUUUGGUAAUGCUUAUCAAAGUCAAGGAAAUAGGAUGAGAAAAUCCGUUAGUGCAGAUGCCAUUAACAAACUCGUAGACAAACUGGGAAUUGAUUUUAAGAAGCAAACUGUUGGUUUGAACUCUGAUUUUUUAUUUUCUUUUGAUGUGAAUGAAUCUCCUAGGAAUAAAAGCCCUGAAAGUCCAUCAGUGGCGCAUUCCAGAAAGCAUUCACUGGAAUUUACUGAUGGGAUCAUUGAGCUAACAGAUAAAGCUGCUACUUCAGAGUUUUGGGAUUCACAUGAAAGAGACGAAGACAAAUUCCAAGCCAAGAAAGCAUCACUAAUGUCAGCCGUAAAUUUGUUCAAUGAUGGAGUUAAUCAAGUGCAAUCUCUUAGUAAUAUGGCAGUAGCCAAUAUAGUGAGUUUCUUUAAUAUAAAAAAUGAACUAGAUCUAGGGGAUGAUUGUUCUGAUGAUGAGGUAUACUAUGAGACAGAGAAUGAGAACAUAGGGUGUGAACCUAUCGACUCAACAUUUUCAAUGCAAUCUGGUGAUCGGCUGACUACCUCUCAAGGUGCAUGUAUGCAAAUUGGGAUGAUCCUCCAUUACAUGUGGGCCCAAAUGCGAUCUAACAAUGAUGCUGUUUGUUACUGUUGCUUUGUUCUAAUAUUCAUGUGGAAUUUCAGUUUGUUUUCAAUGGUUUAUCCUGCAGUUCUUUUUCUUUAUGCUCUCUGUGUGAGUACUGGUCCAAAUAACAUGUUCUGGAUUAUUAUGCUGAUUUACACGGAGAUGGAUAUACUGCUUCAGUACAUAUAUCAGAUCAUCAUCCAACAUUGUGGGUUGACCUUCAAUAUGAGAGUGCUUCAGGAACUAGGAUUUCCUGAACAUAAAAUCACAUCAUCAUUUGUAAUCAGCAACUUACCUCUUUUUGUAGUGUAUUUGUUUACUCUCUUGCAGACCUCCAUAACUGCUAGAGAUAGUGAAUGGGCAACAAUUCCUGAAAACAGCUUUCGGAAAAGAAGAAACAAGUGCCAAAAAGAGGCUAUUAAGGAUUGCUGGAUGAUAAUAGAGAGUCUGCAUUUGUCUGCCAAAUCUUUUGUGGAACAAUUGAUUAGCAGCCUUUACAGGUAUUGGAAAUCUCUGACGCAGGGAGCAGAAACUCCACCCUUCUUUGUCCAGUUGUCUAUGAAAGUUGAUUUGUGGCCUAGGGAUGGCAUUCAGCCUGAAAGAAUCAAAUCAGGAAUAAACAAAAUGCUUAAGAUCAUGCAUGAUAAAAGAUGCCAGGACAUGGGCUCAAACCAUUUCCAUUCAAUCAGUAGAGUUCGUGUUCAAAGCAUUGAGAGGAGUCCGGAAAAUGAAAAUGUUGCUCUGGCUGUUCUUGAAGUGUUACAUGCCUCUCCUUUGAAAGAAUGUUCUGAAGGAGGAUUUUAUAAAUCACUAACUCCAGCAGCUGAUGUAGCUUAUGAGAUUCUAGAAGCUGAACGUAAUGGUGUUGUUAACGAAAUAGGAUUCCCUUACCCAAUUCUCUCAGUGAUUGGUGGAGGAAAGAAACAUAUUGAUCUCUAUGCUUACACAUUUUGUGCUGAUUUGGCUGUUUUUUUCUUGGUGGCCAUUUUCUAUCAAUCAAUCAUGAAAAACAACAUUGAAUUCCUCGAAGUUUAUCAGCUUGAAGAUCAAUUCCCGAAAGAGUUUGUAUUUAUCUUAAUGGUGAUCUUUUUCUUGAUAGUGGUUGAUCGUAUAAUAUACCUUUGUUCAUUUGCCACUGGAAAAGUCAUCUUCUAUUUUAUCAAUUUUUUUCUCUUCACAUACUCAAUCGCAAAUUAUGCUUCCCACAUUGAUCUACAACACAGGCAUGCUGCAAGAUAUGCACUCCGUGCUAUCUAUUUCACCAAGGCAAUUUCUCUAGCUCUGCAAGCUGUACAAAUAAGAUUUGGGAUCCCACACAAAAGCACUUUAUAUAGGCAGUUUUUGACAAGUAGCAUUUCACAAAUUAACUAUUUGGGUUUCCGACUUUAUCGUGCUCUGCCAUUUCUUUAUGAAUUGCGAUGUGUGCUUGAUUGGUCGUGCACCACUACAUCUUUGACCAUGUAUGACUGGCUGAAGUUGGAAGACAUUCAUGCCAGCUUGUUUCUUGUCAAAUGUGACGCGGAUCUGAAUAAAGCAAAACAUCGACAAGGAGAGAAGCAAUCGAAAACAACUAAAUUUUGCAAUGGGAUAUGCUUUUUCUUCAUAUUGUUGUGUGUUAUAUGGGCUCCCAUGCUGAUGUACAGUAGUGGUAACCCCACAAAUAUUGCUAAUCCUAUUAAAGAAGCCAGUAUCCGGAUUGAUAUAAGAACAACUAGUGGACGGCUUACAUUAUUUGAGACAACACUCUGUGAAAAGUUCUCAUGGAAUGGAAUAGGUUCACAUGUUGAUCUUGAUCCUCAAGGUUAUUUACGUGCAUAUGAUGAGAAGGACGUUCAAUUGAUAUGCUGCCAAGCUGAUGGUAGCUCCUUGUGGCUGGUUCCACCAGUAGUCCAGGACAGAUACAUGAAUUCCCUCAGGUGGAGCAUGGACGUAAUCUUUUCUUGGCAGUUAACAAGGGAUCGUCCCAAAGGAAAGGAAGUUGUGAGAUAUGACUUGAUAGUUCAAGAUGAGGAUCUUCCAACAUAUUCAGAAGUAAUGGCAGUGCUAAAUGGUACUACCAGUAGCUUCAGGAUACAUAACGUUUAUCCAAGAUACUUCAGGGUUACUGGAUCUGGUGAAGUGCGGAUUUUGGAAGAGUUGGUAGAUCUGGUUAGUGGGGAUCUUGUUCUCAAUCGUGGGAAUCUAGAAUGGUGGUCUUUCCAUGAUAUUGAUGCUGCAUCUGUAUGUGGUCAGAUUGCAGGUCCUAUGGCUAUAAUUGUUUCUGAGGAAACACCACAGGGUAUUCUUGGUGAAACACUAAGUAAGUUCAGUAUCUGGGGUCUCUACAUUACUUUUGUGCUUGCGGUUGGCCGUUUUAUCAGACUACAAUUUUCUGACCUAAGAAUGAGAAUACCAUUUGAGAAUCUUCCUUCUUGUGACAGGUUAUUGUCAAUAUGUGAGGAUAUUUAUGCAGCAAGAGAAGAGGGUGAGCUGGAAGUUGAAGAGGUCCUAUAUUGGACACUGGUGAAAAUUUAUCGCUCUUCACACAUGCUGCUUGAAUAUACCAAGCCGGAUUAAUUCAUUGCCAGGUGUGAUCUUUGUUCAACUUGCCACUCUGCCUAGCAUAAGCUCUAUAUUGAGACUGGAAAAGAUCUCCAACGGAUUAUUGACAGAAAAGUUUGAGAAUUCAUUCGGCACUGAUGCACAUCUGUUUAUCGAAGCGGUGAUCACAAUCAUUUUGUUCUUGUUUCCCUGGAGGAUUUCCUAUACUUCGGUGAAGGCUAAUGAGCACAAAAAUGUUGUAGGCAAUUAAAAAGAAAACAGUGGAUCUAUGCUAAUUUGCAUGGAAAGGAGCUUCUGCUGCUCAUACAGUGAAACUUGAUGUGAUUCAAUUUGUAAAGUUGCAUGUUCUUGCUCGAGCAAAUUGUAUAGAUUUAUGCCUUUUCUUCCUCACAAAAAAAAAAAA